UUCAAUCAUGUCUGACAAAAGUGAGCUGAAGGCGGAGUUGGAGCGCAAGAAGCAGCGAUUGGCUCAAAUCAGGGAGGAGAAAAAAAGAAAGGAGGAAGAAAGAAAGAAAAAAGAAACUGAUCAGAAGAAAGAAGCUCUUCCUGUACAAGAAGAAUCUGAUCUUGAAAAGAAGAGGAGAGAAGCUGAAGCAUUACUUCAGAGUAUGGGGUUAACACCUGACUCUCCUAUUGCUGUGCAACCUCUCCGAGUAGUAACAGCGGAUACCUGUCUGUUUCACUAUCUAGUCCCUCCUCCUACCUCUCCGUCUUCCAAAUCCGUGAGUACGCCAAGCGAAGCUGGAAGCCAGGACUCUGGGGAUGGCGCUGUUGGAUCUAGGACGCUGCAUUGGGAUACUGAUCCAUCAGUUCUUCAGCUCCACUCUGAUUCCGAUCUGGGACGUGGGCCUGUUAAGCUUGGAAUGGCCAAAAUUACCCAAGUUGAUUUUCCUCCUCGAGAAAUUGUUACUUACACAAAGGAGACGCAAACACCUGUUAUGACUCAACCAAAGGAAGAUGAGGAAGAUGAAGAUGAUGUGGUUGUUCCAAAGCCAGCAAUUGAACCUGAGGAAGAAAAAACAUUAAAAAAAGAGGAGGAGGAGGAAGUUGCCCCUCAUGAACUUACAGAAGAGGAAAAACAACAAAUUUUGCAUUCUGAAGAAUUCUUAAGUUUCUUCGACCACUCCACAAGGAUUGUUGAAAGAGCCCUUUCUGAGCAGAUUAACAUUUUCUUUGACUAUAGUGGAAGAGACUUAGAAGACAAAGAAGGAGAGAUUCAAGCAGGAGCAAAACUGUCCUUAAAUAGGCAGUUUUUUGAUGAACGUUGGUCGAAGCAUCGCGUUGUCAGUUGUUUGGACUGGUCAUCUCAGUACCCAGAAUUACUUGUAGCCUCCUACAACAACAACGAAGAUGCGCCUCAUGAGCCUGAUGGCGUAGCCCUUGUAUGGAACAUGAAGUACAAGAAAACUACCCCAGAGUAUGUCUUUCACUGCCAGUCAGCAGUGAUGUCAGCCACAUUUGCAAAAUUUCAUCCUAACCUGGUGGUUGGUGGCACGUACUCGGGCCAGAUUGUGCUAUGGGAUAAUCGCAGCAAUAAGAGAACCCCAGUGCAGAGAACUCCGCUUUCAGCUGCUGCUCACACGCACCCUGUAUACUGCGUAAAUGUCGUUGGGACCCAGAAUGCUCAUAAUCUGAUUAGUAUCUCAACUGAUGGGAAGAUAUGCUCUUGGAGUCUGGACAUGCUUUCCCAGCCACAGGAUAGCAUGGAGCUUGUUCACAAGCAGUCCAAGGCUGUGGCGGUUACGUGCAUGUCCUUCCCUGUUGGAGACGUCAACAACUUUGUUGUUGGCAGCGAGGAGGGCUCCGUGUACACCGCGUGCCGCCAUGGCAGCAAAGCUGGAAUCAGCGAGAUGUUUGAAGGACACCAGGGACCAAUCACAGGGAUCCACUGCCACGCAGCAGUUGGGCCUGUAGACUUCUCGCACCUUUUUGUCACCUCUUCUUUUGACUGGACAGUGAAGCUUUGGACAACUAAGAAUAAUAAGCCUCUCUACUCGUUUGAAGACAACUCAGACUAUGUUUAUGAUGUGAUGUGGUCUCCAACUCACCCGGCCUUGUUUGCAUGCGUGGACGGGAUGGGCAGGCUCGACCUGUGGAACCUCAACAACGACACGGAGGUGCCAACCGCAAGCAUUUCUGUGGAGGGCAAUCCUGCCUUGAACCGUGUGAGAUGGACCCAUUCGGGGAGAGAGAUCGCUGUCGGUGAUUCGGAGGGACAGAUAGUUAUAUAUGAUGUGGGAGAGCAAAUUGCCGUUCCUCGCAGUGAUGAGUGGACUCGAUUUGGUCGAACACUGGCAGAAAUAAAUGCCAACAGAGCUGAUGCUGAAGAGGAAGCCGCAACCCGCAUACCUGCGUAGGUGGCCAACACAGGUGGCAGGGGCAGAUUUGAGAACGAUUUAAUGCAAGUCUUCAAAGUAUAAAAGCAUCUGUCAGUUUAAAUAAUAGCUGAGGGAAGAAUAUACGGAUUAAAGUGUGGACUUUGAUAAUGUGUUAAGAUCACUGAAAGUCAAAUCUUGCAUUGUCACUUUUUAUAUGUAAAUUACAAGCACAUUCUUGGAUUUAUGUAACUUUUAAUACAGCUGACUUAGACUUUGCAAGGAAAUUAUUUUGCUGAAACACUAACCUGGUGUAAAUUUGCUGUUAGACUUCUGAAACUCCCAGUUUAUAACAAUUUAUCUAUUUCUGAAAAGUAGACAAUGUUUCUAAACCAAACUUUCCGUAUUACAUUGACUAACCCUGGUAGUUAAUCUCUGAAAGGUCCUAUAAAUUGAAUUAUUCAAACCACUUAUGGAAAUGCAUGCCUAUCUUCGAAGUUUCACUGUUUAUAUAUAGAUAAGCCUCAGGCUCUGGUAGUGGGUAAUACAUGUGAAUAAAAACUUGUCUGUAGUUACAAACUUACUGAUAAUUGGACCUGAAUUAAUGAAA